AUGUCCAGUUUCUGGAACAGACAGCUGAACGGCACGGUCUCGGUCAAUUUCACCUACAACAUGCCGAAGCCGAUCCUGCAGAAAAGCAAAACCGACCCGGUCCAUGCGGAUGGCGAUGUCGAUGGGAUCGAGCCUGGGGACUUGGAGCCUGAAGAUCGUCCCAGUGCAGAAGCCCCGACCCCGCCAAGGAUCAUCCUCGUUGAACCGCAUGAUCAGAGCGAGGCAGAUGGCUCCCUUGCGCCGGAACAGACGGCUGUUAUAAAACCAUCGCCUGAACAUGUUCUCAAGAACAACCUUUUGCACAAAUUCGCGGCUUCAACACCCCCGGCAAAGGAAGCAAAGGAGAAACUGCUCGUCGCGGCGGAGACAUUGAUCGCCAAUGGUGCUAGUCUUGAGUGCACCGAUGACAGCGGGCGGACGCCCCUCCACAGGGCCUGCGCCAGCGGAACAAGAGACAUGAUCGCGCUCCUCCUCCGCCAUGGCCCCAAGUUGAAGGAAGCAUGCGAUAACCGUGGGAAUACACCGCUGCAUGUGAUCUGUGGCGAGCGAAAGGGAUCUGGGCUUGACUUAGCCCUCGCUGUUUGUUUGCUUGUCGACGCAAAGGUCAACCUCAACAGUGUGAACGAGGACGGAGUAACUGCCCUGCACCUCAUCGCUGAGCGAGCAGAGGAGGACUGGACCGGGGUGGUGGAGUUUCUGCUGCAGAAGGGGGCAGAGGUUGGGUUGAGAGAUAAGUCGGGGAAGACUGCUCUACACAAGGCAGUGGUUGCCGGGUCCGCUGAGCUGGUCGAAAUGCUGAUCCAGAAUGGGGCAACGGUUGACGAAGUCGAUGAUCUCGGACACUCGGCGCUGCAUUUGUGUGUGGUCAGUGAGAGCUUGGAGGCCAUGGAGGUCCUGCUCCGGUGCGACGCAGAUGUGAACCUGCGGGAUGGACGUGGUCAUACGGUACUCCAUCUAGCCGCUCAGUACGGAUGGACCGACGCUGUCGAACCGCUGUUGGAAAGUGGCGCCGACGUCACUAUCAAAGAUGAAGAUGGGUUGACGCCGAUGCAGGUGGCCAAGGAGGAAGGAGCUGAAGGGGUGGCGGAGUUGCUUCGCCUGCGAGAUGGGUCUUCUAGCAAGCAGAGCUCUAAGCCUCCUUCUGUGCAUUAUGUACGACCGGCUGAUGGUGAACAUGAAUUGGCUACCCAGCACACUGCGGAGAAGAAAGGCAAAGGGAGAGAUGAAGAGGAUAAGUCCAGCGAGUGGUCGCAAGAUGAGAGGACAGACGACAUACGAAGAAUGGGGAGGGAAAGGGUAAACAGCAGGGAGAAAGAGAGAAAGGACAGCGAUAGUGACUGGUCGGAAGAUGAUAUGGAAGACAGAACAAGGGGCAGAAGGAGAGAUAGAGUCGAUGACCAUGUACAUGAUUCAGAAGACAGCACUGAUGAAGAGGAGGACAAGAUGGAAGAAUCAACCCAAACACCAAAUAACGAGACGACUGAAACGACUAACGACACAUCUAACGACGAAACGAAGGAAACAUCCAGCGAACACAUGAUUGAGAGAACAACGACAGGCAACGAACUAACGAUUAGGGACGCGAUGACUAUGGAAGGAACGACCAAUGAAGUCAACGGUGACAUUGACCAGAAUAUCUCCAUUCAAGCCCACCACAACCUCUGGGCAGGGGUCCAGCGUGACAACGGCGAUGGCUUUAUCCUCGCCAGCUACGACAACCACGAUAUCAGCUUCGACGCAAAGCUCGAGUCCAUCCGGCCGAUCCUCCACGAAGGCAAAGACAUGCACGAGAUCCAGGUCAAGCUCAACUUCAUGAGACCGUACUCAAUGGACCACCGCAUACGGUAUGCAAGGGUGGACGUCAAUCUAAGUGCCGGUGGUGGAGAUGCCCCCAACAUCCGCGCAAUAAUGCCCCAGGCAGACCGAAUGGAGGUCUCUGAGCAGGAAAUCACAUCAGGCAAGACGUUUACCGUUGGCGCAUCUGGAAGCGGCGGGCCAUCGAAUGUCAACAUCAGCAUGGAGGGUUCGAAGAGCAAGAAGUCCACAUUCAAGGGUGUCCGCAUUAUCCACGGGGCGAUUCGAGAUAGAAUGCAUGCGUCAUGGAGGUUAUACGAAGAACCCGGCAGCCGAAGCGGCCUACCUGAAAUUGUCCGACUGCUACUACUCGUCCACUGCGAGGCAGAAUUCAACGUCCAGCUCGCGCUCUCCGUCAAAGCAUGCCAUUUCCUCACCUUUGGCAUUCCCCGCACAUUGACAGCUCCAAAGGGUGCAUCCUAUACCGUCCCCAAAUUGAACAUCAUCACGGCAUACGAGCACAACUCUCGAUUACGGCAAAUGCUCGAUGUCGCAGACCGCGCCGCAACCACAAUUGAGGAAACCCACAGACUUGAAGAACUGUUUGCCCGCGCCAUGCGGGUGCACAAGAAACGCCAUCUGAUUAUGGGCGCCGGCAGUGACGAGGCCCAUCUCCACGAGUGGAAUGAGAUACUCGACGACGCGAGGACCAGCGACUUCACGACACUACGGUAUAAACUGCUGGAGAUGGAGGAGGCGGAUAAACUGAAGUUAGAACUAGAGAGACGGAAGGAGAAGGAGAGGGAAGUCAAACGGGAGCUCGAGCGCUUGAAAGAUAUCAGGAGGGAGGAAGAGAGAUUCCUGGAACGCGACAGACCGUCGAGCUGGACGGAACCGAGAAGAGAGAGGGAAAGAGACAGGCCCUUCUGGCCUGGCCGCGACUCUUACCAGAGUGACUCGGGCUCGCCCCCACCCCCGAGGCCCCGUGCUAGGCCUCGAGCCUCUAGUGUCUACUAUGACGAUUCCCCAGAGGUGUUUAUGCGUCGUCACCGGAGGGCUGCAACGCGGGACUAUGGGUAUGAUGAGCGUGCCAUACUCCGGGGGCGUGACCACGCUCCCAUCACGCGCAAUCCCCUGGACAACUUUACAGCUGUUGGUCCGGGGUAUCAUGUCUCGCGGUUGGCUUGA